UCAAAUCAAUCUUUAUUACGCUCAUAGAUCAGCAUAAAGUAUAAGGGGUGAUUACAUAUUAAAAGUAUAUAUUAAAAGCCUAGGGAUUAAUAACACAAUACAAGCAUAUGAUAAAAGACUAUAAAAAUCAGAAAUAGAUUAAAAUAAAACUAUGGCUGUCUAAAACAAAAGCAAGACCGCAAACUAAAUGACCCUUAAUGGUUAGAUCUGAAGAUUGCAGUUGACAGUAGUUAAUAGGGGUAAAAAAAUUGAUACAAAUGUUUAUAAAAGGCAUCAUAAAGACAUAAAAAAGCAAAAAUGCAUCAAGAAGUUAUAUGAAAGGUGUAGAGGCAUAAAAGACAUAAAAACCGAUACAAGUGCAACUAUAGGCAUAGUAAGAGCUUUAUCAAUUUAAGGCAAAGUAAAAAGCCAAGAAGCUGUGGGACUGUAGGGCUGCCAUGAAGCACUCUGAAGCAACAGGCAAAGGGCAUGCUGGAGUUAGUCCAUAAAGUUGUGUGCUGGGCAUGAGCAAGAAGUCAUCAUCCACCGGAUUAUAAUUGCAGCUGCGCAGAACCAGGCAAUACUCGCUAUCAAUACGAUAUUGGAAUGAGGGCACCCUCUAAUUCCCCGCAAGAUAAUCAGGAUGUAAAGAGACUGAAUUGCCGGUCUUUAUCCUUGUCUGGUCAUGUUGGUUUUGAUAGCUUACCAGAUCAGUUGGUUAACAAAUCUAUCCAUCAGGGUUUCUGCUUCAACAUUCUCUGUAUUGGGGAGACAGGCAUUGGAAAAUCAACGUUGAUUGAUAGCUUGUUUAAUACCUGUUUUGAUGACCGUAUGUCAACACACUUUCAGCCGAAUGUAAGACUUAAAGCUGAGACAUACGAACUCCGGGAAAGCAAUGUUCGGUUGAAGCUAACCAUUGUAAAUACAGUUGGAUUUGGUGAUCAGAUAAACAAAGAUGAUAGCUAUCAGCCAAUAGUGGAUUACAUAGAUGAACAAUUUGAGGCUUACCUCCAGGAAGAGCUGAAAAUUAAACGCUCCUUAUAUAAUUACCAUGACACUCGCAUCCAUGUGUGCCUUUACUUUAUUUCACCCACAGGGCAUUCUCUUAAAACUCUUGAUUUAUUAACCAUGAAAACUCUUGAUAGUAAGGUGAACAUUAUUCCUGUUAUAGCCAAAGCAGAUACUGUUUCUAAAUCUGAACUACAGAAGUUUAAGAUCAAAAUUAUGAGUGAACUGGUCAGUAAUGGAGUCCAGAUAUAUCAGUUUCCAACAGAUGAUGAGAGCAUUGCUAAAAUUAAUGCCACCAUGAAUGGGCACUUGCCAUUUGCUAUAGUAGGAAGUACGGAAGAGGUAAAGAUUGGAAACAAAACUGUAAAAGCUCGCCAGUAUCCUUGGGGCAUUGUGCAAGUGGAGAAUGAGAAUCACUGUGAUUUUGUGAAGCUUCGGGAGAUGCUGAUUUGUACAAAUAUGGAAGAUCUGCGAGAACAGACUCAUAUGCGCCACUAUGAGUUGUACCGGCGCUGCAAAUUGGAGGAGAUGGGCUUUCGAGACACUGAUCCAGAAAAUAAACCUGUCAGGGGGCCAGUACAAAAACUUUGUUCAGAUAGCAAAAAGACGUCUCAUAGAGAAAGUCUACAGGAGACUUAUGAAGCUAAACGGCAUGAAUUCCUUGGUGAAUUGCAGAGGAAAGAAGAGGAGAUGAGGCAAAUGUUUGUGCAGAGGGUCAAAGAGAAAGAAGCACUGCUGAAAGAAGCUGAGCGAGAACUACAAGUGAAGUUUGAGCAUUUGAAACGACUUCAUCAAGAAGAGAGAAUGAAAGUGGAGGAGAAGAGGAAGCUUCUGGAAGAUGAAAUUAUUGCAUUUAAUAAAAGAAAAGCUGCUUCAGACAUACUCCAAGGGCAGACAUUUGCUGCCACACCAACUGUUACUUUAAAAAAAGAUAAGGAUCGCAAAAAGGAUCAAGGUUUUCGGCUUGAGCUCCUGUGCUUUGAUGUCAGAGAUCAGGAAGUUGUGAACGUACAGCAAGAGAGAGAAAGAGAGAAGUUAGAAAGGGACAGAAUCUCUCACAGGGAAUACAACAAAUAGUCUUUGGAAGCAGUUUACAAAUGUUAUGUGGUUAGGUUCUGGCUUUAUGUGAAACCGAAGAUACACGAAAAAAUGGUUUACGAGUGUCUAUGAAGAAACAUUUUUCUUACUUAAUGCAAGCUAACUUGAAAACUGACCACUACUUAACAAAGGAAAAGUAUAUUAAAGUGUGUAAUCAGUUUUACAUACUAUGCUGUAGGUUGCUGUUGCGUUAAUAUAUUUAAAUGGACAUUUCUUUUAAGCGGCUAUUGAUAUGCACUUAAAACUUUAUGUACCCAUGGCCAAGUUGCAUGCACUUUGAGUGCUAAACCAAAGACCAUUGUGCCAUAAAACAGUUUUCAUUCAAGUGAUGAAUACUGUAGUACAAAAGUAUUCAGUGAAUAUAUACUGUUUCAAAGAAUUGGUGCCUGUUUGAUAUGUUAGCCAUAUAUCAUUAAUGUUACUUUUGAAGCAUUUAUUGAACUGUAGAAAAAUAUGUAAACCUGUUUAAAUAACCACUUUUCUGACAAUGUUUUUAUAAGGGCACUUUCUAGUUUUGUGAUAAUGUUUUCGAAUUAAAAUGGAUCAUGGUUGCCUUUCAGCCCUGCAGUAUUCAUGUAAGCGUAGGUAUGACUUGAAAAUGCACGUUGAGAGUUAACUUAUCAAAAUAUUUCUCCUAUGUGAACAGUCUUUCAUGGUCUUCAGUUAACAAACACAUGUUACCCAUGGUGUGACAACUGAAGAUUAAAAAAACAAAAACAACCCCCACCCCCAUUAAAACAGGAUUUAUUUAAUGAGGAUCCUAACAAUUUCAAAUUCACUUCUCACGUGAUAGAGCAAAUUACCUGGGCCUCCCAAAAUGUUUUAUUACUUUGUGGACUGUUUUAUGGACUUACACAACCAGCUGCAGCAUCUUUCAAAACACACUCUAGGGCCACAAUCUUAUGUGCACUUUCUAGGGAGUAAGUUCUAUUGAACUGAGCUGAUCUUACUUCUGAGUAAACAGAGAUAGGAUUGUACUCUAAAUGUAACCAUAACUUACAUUGUCAUACUGCUUAGGCAACUGAACUAACUGAUAGUUUAAAAUAAUUGCUAAUUUUCUUGUGGUUCCUGUUACCUAAUAAACAGCAGCUGCUGUUUGUGUCAUCCUCAUAGAUACCUACACACCUGUUGUUUUUUUUUUAAUGCUUAUAUAAAUGCAUAAUUUGACAAAUAAAAAUAUACUUGCUUAAAUAUUUA